UAAAUCAACAAUAAUGGCCAAAGACGAGAAACCGCCAAAGCUCCCUACGCCAUGGGUGAAAACACCUCUAGUUGAAUCAGCAGCGUUAUCCAAGGCAGCAGGCUGCAGAGUCUUCCUGAAGCUCGAGAACCUUCAGCCCUCGGGGUCCUUCAAAUCCCGCGGAAUCGGCAACUAUCUCCUGGCCGCCAUCCACGCGCAUCCACCCCGGACGUGCAUCCACUUCUACAGCUCGUCCGGCGGCAACGCCGGGCUCGCCUGUGUCCGCGCCGCGACCACGCUAGGAUGCAAAGCAAGCGUGAUCGUGCCGCUGAGCACCAAGCUCCGCAUGAUCGAGAAGAUCAAUCUCGCGGGGGCGGACGAGGUGAUCCAGCACGGGGCCAGUUGGAAGGAGGCGGAUCAGUAUCUGCGGGAGGUGGUAAUUGGGUCCGGAGAGGGGAGGGGACGGAAGGCGGGUGGGGAGGUGAAGAUAUAUGUUCCGCCGUUUGAUCAUGAGGAUAUUUGGGAGGGGAAUUCGACCGUGGUGGAUGAGAUCGCGGAACAGCUGCCCAUUUUCGACGAGAAGGAGACGAAUAUCGUCACCACGAAUGGGACACAUGCUGCCCAUGGUGAUCCUCCAGCGGCUAUUCUAUGCUCCGUUGGUGGUGGCGGCCUGUUCAAUGGUGUCGUGGAUGGCAUUGAACGACGGGACGGCUGGGCGAGCACACCGGUUCUAGCCAUGGAGACCGAUGGAGCGCACUCCCUUGCCGCGUCGAUCGAAGCGGGGGAGGUUGUCACUCUACCUGCCAUCACCUCCCUUGCGAAGAGCUUAGGCGCGUCACGCGUCAGUGAGCAGACGUUCAAGUACGCUAGCACUCGACCCAACGUGAAGAGCGUGGUGCUGGAGGAUUGGGAGGCGGCUCUUGGUUGUCUCCGUCUGGCGGACGAGGAUCGGCUGAUGGUGGAGCUGGCAUGUGGAGUCAAUGUCGCCAUGUGCUUCGGUGGGAGACUGGGGAAGGCGUUGGAGAGAAAGGUACGGCACACGGAUAAGGUGGUGAUCGUGUUGUGUGGGGGCAGCGACGUGUCCAUUGAGAGCAUGGUUGGCUGGCGUGGCGACUAUGCUGGGAAGGCGUUGGAAGUUUCGGUUUGAAAGACAAUGCAAAUUGACUCAUGUAAUACAAAUCUGGCACAUAUAUAGCUACAGACGAAAAAGGGUUUGGAAUAGAUGUGUACUUAAGAAUCUACACUGAUUACUAGCUUAUCUUUUCGGUACGUCCAGUAGUUCUCUCGAAUGGGGUCGUAUAUAUUGGCCAGAAGAUCCAAUGCACGCUCGGCGUCCUCUAUGUGCCCCAAUUCUCUGAAGAUAUCGGCAAGCAGAUCCAGUGCAUGGCUUGACCGGAUCUUCUCAGGCUCGUCGAUAGGAGCGAAUUGCAAGACAAACCCCAUGAUGGCAGAGCCAGGCGUCCCUGAGUUACGCAGAAUUCCUCGAAGAUAGUUCCAUGCGGAUUCGUUUUGCGGGGCC